AUGGCCCUAAUUGAGAAGCUUGCCCUACUCAAUCACCAGCUGGGAGCAGCCCUAGAGGAAAGUCGCCUGGGGUAUGAUUUAAGUCUGGAUGAAAUGAGAGCUUUGACCUUUCAGAGAGUGAAGUUUAUCAUGGGGCUACCUCUGUUAAAACGUGCGAUUCAGGAACAGGCAGAGAAAACAAAGAAUUUUGUCAGUCGAAGCCUGGUCAUAGGAGAAGUCCUCUCCAUAGCGGACAUGGCCACAGGAGUAAAGUGUGGAAUAAUUUAUUGGCUAUUUGGUGGUGCUGUCAGGAACCUUGGAAGCCCAGAACAUGUCACUAAGUGGCUUCAGCCACUCCAGGAGCAGAAAUACACUGGGAUGUUUGCAAUGACCGAGAGGGGCCAUGGGAGCAACGUGAGAGGGAUCCAGACCGAAGCCACCUUUGACCUCUCUGCACAGGAGUUUGUGAUCAACACGCCAUGUGAAAAUGCUGAGAAGAUGUACAUUGGAAAUGCGAUGUAUGGGAAUUAUGCUGCAGUCUUCGCUCAACUCAUCGUAAACGGAAGAUCGCAAGGGCCCCACUGUUUCAUUGUUCCCAUCCGCGAUGAAAACGGAAGCUUGUACCCAGGAGUGACAGCUAUUGAUAUGAUGUACAAGGAAGGUCUGCACGGUGUGGAUAAUGGGAUUUUAAUAUUUCACAAGGUUCGGAUACCAAGGGAGAACCUGCUGGAUAAGUUUGGUUCUGUGGCUCCAGAUGGGCAGUACCAUUCCCCUAUUAAGAACAAGAGUGCAAGAUUCAAUGUGAUGCUGGCAGCGCUGACCCCUUCGAGAUUAGCUGUGACUUUCCAAGCUAUGGGUGCCAUGAAGCUUGGGUUGACGAUAGCCAUUCGCUACAGCCACAGCCAGAGGCAGUUUGGGCCUAAAGCCAAGGAAGAAGUCAAGAUCAUUGAGCACCAAACACAGACCCUUCGGCUGAUGCCUCACCUGGCCACAGCUUUGGCCUUGACCUUCGCCAGCAGGUAUGCUGGGGUCCUCCUGGAUGAGGACGUCUUCCGUGGGAAGGAGCUUGUGGACAGUCGCCCGCUGCAGGCGCUGGUGGCGGGGCUGAAGGCCUACAGUACCUGGGAGAAUGUCAGCUGCCUGCAGGACUGCCGCGAGUGCACAGGAGGCAUGGGUUACAUGAUGGAAAACCGAAUCUCAGGCCUAAAAUGCGACACAGAUGUGUUUGUGACUUUUGAAGGUGACAAUGUUGUUAUGCUGCAGGUUGUGGUGCGGGAACUGCUGGCUCAAUACACCAAAGAGCAUAAAGAGAAGCCACUUUUCAGCUGGCUCCGAAACUGCGCUGAAUCUGGGAGUGACAAGCUGAGAACCAGCUUCCUGGCAUUUAACAUGGACACAGUCGAUAAUCUUGCCUUUCUGUUGAAAGCAGUGAAUUUUCGUGAAAGGGUUCUUCAGCGGAGUUUGGUGGCCAGAAUUUAUUAUAAGGUGAUGACCAAGAAAGAGGACUUUUUCAGUGCCUGGAACUCGUGUCUUCAUCAUGUUGCCUCCCUGUCUCUGGCACACAUCCAUAGAGUUACGUUAGAGCAGUUCUGCCUGGCAGUGAGGAGCUGUCCUGACCAAGAGGACCAGUCUUUGUUCAUGAAGUUUUGUCUGUUAUAUGGAACCAAGCUGGUGUUCCAGGAGCGAGCCUGGUAUCUAGAACAUAAAUUUUUGACUCCCAUGGCCAGCACGAGGAUUAGGAGUCAGUUGCUGGAUUUGUGCGACACGGUGAAGGAUGAUGCCCUGAGGGUGAUCUCUGCCUUUAACAUUCCACACACCUCCCUCCACGCACCAAUCGCAGGAAUCACCAAUGUGCAGGCCGCCUGGGCCUUCUACCCAGCACCGCUGCAACCCGAGCCCCGAGAAGGGGCGCGCUUUCAGCCGCCCAAGCUGGAAGCCAAGUUAUAG